AUGGACAAAACAGCUGAACUCAUGUGGCAGCUGGAGGAUUCACCUGACAAAGCAGGACAGGAAGAGCAAAGCCCUGAUGAUAGAGACACAGCAGAAGUGCUGGAGCAGCCUGCACACAGCAAGGACAAACUACUCCACAGCCAUACCCUCCAGUGGGAGACUCUAGGCAAACAGUUUGUAGAGUAUGAGCAGAUGGCUCCAUUUCUCAACCCAGAAGAUCAACAGAGAAGGCUGUUGGACUUUCUUCCCCACUUCUUAAAGGCCUGGGAAGAGUCUGCUGGAGUAAUUGUAUUCCCCAACAUUCAGCUGUUAGCCAGUGAGGUUUCCAAGCUUCUGACAAAAGAAAUUAAGAGAAACCUCAAUGGCAAACCUGCAGAAGAUGCUCGUCUGGCUUUGGAGCAAUUGCUGCAAUGGAAAGGGGAAGCAGGCGAUGGCCAUUUGCUCCUGAAAUCAGUGUAUCUGCUCUCACAGACUGACUUGAGAACCAUGUGGAACAUCAUUGGAUCUGGACUUCCAGCUGCUCUAAUGCAGUGCCUGUACCUUUUCUUUACUUUUCCUCUGAAAAAAAACAGUGAUGAUGGAGAGACAAGUGAGGAUGACACCCAAACUCAGGAAAUGCUUGUUGAGAUAAUGCUUAACAUGUACAAGGAGGAACAAGGUGUAGAGGAACUUCUGGCAGCUGAUAAGCUUCAGUCAUUAAUUAUAGCAACUGCUUCCCUCUGGGACCAGUGUAACCACUCGUGGAAAGUACCUACAGGCCGUGUGCUGAGAGCAAUUUCAAAGUCUCAGACCAAAAACAGCAUUGUUUAUCUACAAGCUGUGGACUGCAUUAAAAUAGCUGUUCAGAAUCUCUUUAAACUGGCUGAUACUCUACCUGCUUGUGACAUGUGUGAAGCUGCUAGUAUUGUCUUGUGCUUUGUGAAAGAUUCCUAUCCUAUAUCAUCAGCUUUAUUAACAGAGUUUGAAAAUAAUGAUGGCUACCAACUCCUGCUAAAAAUUCUACUUGGAUGUGAGGGGGUGCAUCCAGAUGAAGGAGACCCCUAUCUGGAUGAGAUCCUGGACAUGCUGACUUGCCUUACGACCUGUGGAAAAACUGAACUGAAAGUUUCUGGCAAUAUUGUGCACCCGCAAUUGCCACACUUUGAUUUUGAACAGACACGAUCUUCUGGAAUGACAGUGAAAAACCUCCAGGCUUUUCAGGUGUUGCAGUCCAUUUUCCAGAAAAGCAAUGACCAACACCUGUGUGGAAGAAUCUUGGCAGCAAUUGGUACCAUAUGGGCAUGGGACAGAGUGAACUUUUUUCUUCUGGAAUGGACACUGCAACCUAUCAACCAAUUUACUGACAUAAUCCAUUUCAAACCACACCUAGUCCAAGUCGAGUUCUUCAGGCUGGUGGAGUCCAUAGUUCUAGACCUGUCCUACAUCCCCCAUGAAAUUUUGAAAAAGGUUCAGUAUUUGAUCAGGGAAAACACAGUGCCAUUCUGCACCUUAACAGCUCUCCAGUGCCUUCUCAGCAUGACCCAGAAGGACCUGUUAUUCAGUGACAUAUUCCGUGACUCUGGGCUCUUUGGCCUACUGCUGGCACUUUUGAGGAAGCAAGCCAAGAUCCUGAGGAAGUCAGCUGGAACUCAUCUGUCUGGUCUGGAAGAAGGCACUGAGAAGGAAUUAAAUGCUGUGAUGCUGAAGAUGGUGGCUGCCCUUACAGUGAGGUCUGUGAGGAACACAGUUGUUCUGAAGGACUAUGGAAUGGUGCCAUAUAUCAAGAUUUUUUUGGAUGAUGAGUGCUACAGGAGUGCUACUCUCAGCAUCUUGGAGCAGCUAUCAGUCAUCAACUAUGAAGAAUAUAUGAGCAUUAUUAUUGGGGCCCUCUGUUCUUCUACUCAAGGGGAACUGCAUCUGAAACUAGAUCUGCUGAAGUCACUCUUGAGGAUAUUGGAGAGUCCCAAGAGCCAUUCAGCUUUCAGAACCUGCAGUGGAUUCAAUGGACUACUCUCCCUUCUCUCAGACAUGGAAGGUGCAUUGCAGGACCCUCCAUCUGGGCUGUGGACAGCAGUUGGACAGAACCGCAUACUGGAGCUUGUUUUCUACACACUUCAGGGGAUAACAGCAGCCCUGCAUCUAGACCCUGUCAACAGCAACUUCUUCCAGAGGAAUGGUCUCUUUGAAAAGAUGGCAGAGGAUCUUGGAUCACUUGGCUGCUUCUGGACAAAAGGGGAAUGGCAAAUUCCUGUGACCCUUGAGAAGAAAAGGACGUUUGCAGAAUUCUUGGAUGCAGCUUUCUGUUCUUCAGAACCUUUCCCAAUGUGGCUAAAGAACUGCAUAUGGAUUUUGAAUUUUCUUGAUCACAUGGUCAAAGGAACCCUCCACCAGGAGAGCUGCUUCAAGGAGAGCAAGCCAGAGAUGGGCAAAGCAUCAAGAGAUGAUCAGGAGGGACCUCAAGCUCAAGAAGAGCAUCCCGUUGCUUUCAAAUGUCCAGGCAACAAAUUACCUGCCUCUGCCUACAGGCUAUGGGGAAACCCUGAAGAGAAGUUGGAAAUGAGAGACUGUACCAUUGUACACCCAGGUGCUGUCUGUGUUAUGGUGAGGUUGCUGCCAAAGCUGUACAAAGAAGGACAUGCUCAGCUUUCACAGGAAAUCCAAUGUGCUGUGGUUGAUCAUAUUCAGUCCCUGGUGAAGUCAGAAAAGAGUCGUCAGGUGAUGUGUGGAUCUGGCUUGCUGAGCACCAUCAUAACCUCCUGCCAGGAUGCCUUCCGCAGUGAGAGCCAUCCGCUGCAUCUGCCCCUCACCAGGGUGUUUGAGAAGCUUGCGUCACAGGCUAUUGAGCCAGAUGUGUUAAGCAACUCUCCUUGGGUGUCUAAGGGAUCUGCACUGGCACUUCAGACUGCAAUGAGUCUCAUCUCCAUGACAUCACCUCGAAACUUCCAGCUCCGCAGCACUGCUUUGGCUCCAUCGUUUGUGGAGUUUGACAUGUCCAUGGAAGGCUAUGGGUGUUUAUACCUCCCAACCUUGGCUACUGUCAUGGGACCCAGUGCAGACCAAUCUGUCUCAGGAGGAAUUGGCAUGGGCACCAGAAUGUUCCCUCCCUCAAGUGGCCUGACACUCUGCUGCUGGUUUCUGGUUAGCAAGUUUGGUUUGGUGCACGACAAUCACCCACUCCGUUUCCUUACUGUCGUGAGGCACAUGUCAAGAACAGAACAAGAAUCUGUUUGCUUUUCUGUAAGCUUCUUCCCACAGGACCUUUCUUUGGUCAUUUCCACAGAAGAAGUGGAAUUUCAGCCUCUUGACAUUAUGGAACCUGAGGGUGAGGCCCUAAAUCCCUCCCCAUUUCCAGGGCAAGUCCAGUUUGGCUGUGGCAAUCUGCUGGUCACUGGCCAGUGGCAUCAUCUCACAGUGACAGUCGCUAAGGAAGCAAAGAAGAGCUGUAUUGUUUCAGCUUAUAUAAAUGGUCAGAUGCUUGGCUAUGCAAAGAUGCAGUACUUCCAGCCCUUACCAGGUAGCUGUAUUUCCAUGGAACCCUCUUCCUUUAUUGAUGUCUAUGGGUACAUAGCUACUCCUCGAAUCUGGAAACAGAAGUCCUCCUUGACCUGGCGCCUUGGCCCUACACACUUGUUUGAAGAAGCCAUCUCUGUGGAAACCAUGGAGGUGAUUAUUAAGCUUGGCCCACAGUACUGUAGCAAUUUCCAAGCAGUAGAGCUUCAAGGUGAGGACCAGUACAGUGGUCAUAAUACUGCACCUCUGGUGGCAGAAGAGAAGAUUUCUUUUGGAAUCAAUGCCACGUGCUCAUCUCUCACUACAGUCCAAGACAUAAAGACCUCCUACAAUGAAGUGGAUGGCAGGCUGAUUGCCAAAGAGAUUGGGAUCAACUCCAGGGACAGUACGACUCCAAUAUACCUAGCUAAGAAUAUUGCUGGACACCUCUCAGGUUCCUUGCGCACUAUUGGGUCAGUUGCUGUGGGCCAAUAUGGGGUAAGAGUCUUCCAGUCCUCUCCAGCAGCUACUAGUCUGAACUUUAUUGGAGGCCCUGCCAUUCUCCUGGGUCUCAUUGCUAUGGCCUGUGAUGACCACACCAUGUAUGCAGCUGUCAAAGUCCUGAACUCCAUCCUGAACAGUAGCCCGUUGAGUGAAAAACUGAUGAGGCACAUGCAUGGAUACCAGUUGUUGACCUAUCUAUUAAAGAGGAAGACACAGCUGUUAAACCACAGGAUUUUACAGUUAAUGUUCUCCCUAGUGGGCACAGCUGAACUUGGCUUUGAAUCUUCAGCCAUCAAGAAUUAUAGUGCAUUCCAGUAUGUUCUCUGCAACUUUGAGCUUUGGAUGAAAGCACCAGAAAAUCUUGAUCUUGCUCUUUUUUCCCAUCUUGUGGAGAUCUUGCAGUCCUCCAGAGAUGGAUGUCAGAAUGUUGCAGUUGCCUACCAGGUGCAAAUGGUGCCCAAGCUUGUUUUCCUUUUCAAUGAUCCUGAAAUCAGUAACUCCAGGAUCACUGUGGUCUGCACUAUUCUCUCCCAUCUGUUGCAAGGAUACUUUAAUACAAGGGAUGUUCUCAGGAUUGGCUUGUUCCUUGUUUACACUUUGAAACCUUCUUCUGUGGAUGAAAAUCAGAUAUGCCUGGAUGGUGUGGCUGAUAUGCCCAGUGAAGCCUUAAGCCAAACAUCUGGAAAGACAAUCUGGCUUCGAAACCAGUUACUGAAGAUGCUGUUAGAUGUAAUGCACUCAGACAAACUUCAUCUGUCCUCUGAGGAACAGGAAAAGACAUUUUUGGCACUGGGGCCAGACUGGUUUCUGCUGUUCACACAGAGCUACCUGCACUCUAGCACAGUUGUGCUAGGAAUCAAGCUACUUCUGUGCUUCCUCCACAAUCGUUUGCUGCUGAACAAAUUCAAGGAGGGGAUAGUGGCUGGGCGCUGGCUGGAAAACAGCUCUGCAGGGUCGAGUAUUCUAAUGGAUAAUUUAAAAACUUAUCCUCCAGGGCCUGACAAUGGCUACUUCUUGAUUUUUGGGUUUUCUGUGUUGCAAAGAUGUCUGACUGAUCAUGUCCACAUCCCUGAGAUCUACUUGCUUGUGGCAGAGCUCUUUCUGGCAUCUCCACAGGCUGAACCACCUGAAGCAGUCAAGAAAGAUCUUGAGUCUAUGUUGCAGUGGAUCUUGCAGCACCACCUUACAGAGAAUGUCCUCAAAACUGGGCUGUGUUCAGAGGCAGCUGUUUUACUGCUGGAAAUGGUUAGAUUCACUGUGGACAAACCUAUUGCAGAUACAGAAGCUUCCUGGGAGAUUGCCUAUCCAGGGAACGUUAUCCAGUUUAUGUGUUUGAUCUAUCACAGUUACAUUCAGGACCCUGUGUGGCACUGUCCUGACUUCUUGAGAACUUUGGCUAUGGUUGCUUUCCAUUCAGGACCACACAAGGCUUCUCCAGAAGAUGCCACCAGUGAACAGAAGAGACACUUUCAGACAAAAGUUUUGCUGUCUGCUAUGGAUGUCUUCCAUGUUACCAGCCAAGGCGAGGGGAAAACAAGACCAAGAAGUGAUGAUCUUCAAGGUACUUCAGAAUCAGCUGCACCUGUAUCCAUGAUAAAUAUUGCUUAUUUUGCUCAGAAGCUGAUUGAGAAGCUGAGCAGCAGAACAUUUGCUGCUGACCCCAAGCAAAUCCUGAUCUUCAUAGCCAAACAGAUUAUGUGGGUCUUAGAAAGCUCUGUUUCUCCAAAGGAAGUUUUCCUCAGUACCCUGUACAGCUGUUUAAACAGAGCCAUCCUAUACUGCUUAUCCAGACCACAACAGUCACUGUCUGAACAGUUUAAUGUCCUGAACACUCUCAAUGUCCUGCAGGAACACUGGCAGAUUAUUUUUGCAGCUUACAACUCAAAUAAUAAUUUUGUCAUCUGCCUAAUGCAUUGCCUUUGCCAACUGAACUCGGGCAGCUGUUCAGAAGGUUUUGGGGUGGAUGCAAAACCAAAGCUGGCUUCUUAUCACCAAAUUUUCCUUGCACCCAGUGAAGAUGAAAAGGGCAGCCUGCCUACUCCAGAUGAUGUCCGUCAGGAGAUUCUGAGAACAGUAGAAAUCAUCUGGAAGCAGCUUAUUUCUCAGAGGAGACAGGCUCUGGAGGACACUUACAAGAUGGAUCUUUCUGUGAAAGGAAAUGACAAUGAAAGGGACAUGAAGAUAACGGAGAUCACUCCUUUAUGGGAAGAAAUUAUGACAAAAGCUUGGCAACACUUGAUAGCAUCUGAAAAGAAGCUUCUGCAGAAUAAAGCAGGGUCAGGCCUGUCACAAAGCAAGCACAAUUCGUGGAGUGAAAACCUCUCUUCAGCUAUUAGGCUCUCAUCUGGCCGAAACACAAAGGAAACGACAUGCAAGUCAGAGGGAUUUGUGUCAUGUAUGGAGCACUACCGAAGAAUCGGGCAGGAGCUGUAUGCCUCUUUGUACAAGAACCACAUACAGAUGCUGCAGUGUGGUUACAGCAAAGCAGCCAAGGACUGGAUGAUACUUGAGGAGCAGCUUUUCUACAGAAGGGGCCCAUGGAGAGAUGCAUCACGGUCCUUACAGCCACGAUGGAUUCUUGAUUGUUAUGAGGGACCUUUGCGAAUGAGGAGGAGGAUUCAACAUGUGAACACCCGAGCAGCAAUGAUGCGAAUGAAGAAUGAGAUGAAUAAUGCUCUUUCCCAAGGUGGAAUAGGAGAGCUGAUGUUAAAUGGAGCAGAAAGGGAGAUGGAUAAGAAGGGAUUGGAUUGUAACCAGCUAACAUUCUUCCCAGCUCUACAUGAGAGUUUCCAUUCAGAAGACUUCUUGGAACUGUGUGUGGAGAGACAAAUUAUAUUGCAAGAGUUUGCAGAGAGUGAAAAGGUCACAUUCAAGUGCUCUGUGACAGUUGUGCAGGGGCACACAGCAUUGGAAGGAGUGCUGCUCUUUGGCAAAGAGCACUUCUACAUCUGCGAGUGCUUUGUGUUAUCCCCUCUAGAAGAAGUCUACUGUACACGUCACUGCUUGUCCAGCAUCAGUGAUCCGUUUAUUUUCAACUUAUGUCAUAAAGAUCAUGCUGUGGGAGACCAGAUGUGUUCCCGUUAUUCGUAUAAUGAUAUAAAAGAGAUUCAUCUGAUGCGCUUUCUUCUGCAGGAGAUUGCCUUGGAAAUAUUCUUCAAAAAUGGUUACUCCAGAUUUCUUGUCUUCCAUGACUGUGACCGAAACAAGAUAUUUAAGAGAUUUUGCUCUUUCCAACCUGCUUUGAAGUCAAAGGGGAUAACUGAAGAGUCCCUGAAUAUAAGGAAACACCCAGGAGGGGAAAAGACAAUGCUCCAGAAAUGGCAGAAGAGGGAAAUCAGCAACUUUGAUUACCUCAUGUACCUAAACACAUUGGCUGGCCGUAGCUACAAUGAUUACAUGCAGUAUCCUGUGUUUCCAUGGGUCCUUGCUGACUAUCACUCUGAGACUCUAAACCUUAUGAAUCCUCAUACAUUUCGGGACCUGUCAAAGCCCAUGGGAGCACAGACUGUGGAGAGAAAACACAAGUUCAUCCAGCGUUUCAGUGAAGUGGAAAAGAGUGAUGGAGACCUGUCAGCCCAGUGCCAUUACUGUACUCACUAUUCUUCAGCAAUUAUAGUGGCAUCUUACCUGGUCCGAAUGGAGCCAUUUACCCAGACCUUCUGUGCUCUGCAGGGUGGGAGCUUUGAUGUUGCAGACAGGAUGUUUCACAGUGUCAAGAGCACGUGGGAGUCAGCAUCAAGGGACAACAUGAGUGAUGUCAGGGAACUCAUCCCUGAAUUCUUCUACUUGCCAGAGUUCCUAACCAAUGCAAAUCAUUUUGAACUUGGCUGCAUGCAGGAUGGAACAGUGCUGGGAGAUGUGCAGCUUCCUCCUUGGGCAGAUGGGGACCCCCAUAAGUUCAUUUUCCUGCACAGACAGGCACUGGAAAGUGACUAUGUCAGUGCACACCUUCAUCGCUGGAUAGAUCUUAUUUUUGGCCACAAGCAGCAUGGUUCAGCUGCAGUGGAGGCAGUUAACACCUAUCAUCCUUACUUCUAUGGAGACAAGGUGGACCUCAACAACAUUAAAGAUCCUCUGAUUAAGAGCACUAUCCUGGGAUUUAUAAGCAACUUUGGACAGAUACCAAAGCAGCCAGCAUUAAAUAUGUUCUCUGUCUUGUCAGACUAUCCCAAGGGAGCUAUUGGGCACAUUGUUCACACCGAGAAAGGCAUUCUGGCUGUCGAAAAAAAUAAAAUUUUGAUUCCUCCUCUUUGGAGCAAAACAUUCUGCUGGGGAUUUGAGGACUUCACCUGCUGCUUUGGCAACUAUGGAUCUGAGAAGAAUGUGACUACAUUUGAGUGCAUGGCAGACUGGGGAAAGUGUCUCUGUGCUGUGUGUCCUUCAGCAACUACCAUAAUCACAUCUGGAACAAGCUCAGUUGUGUGUGUCUGGGAAUUUUACUUGGUCAAGGACAAAGUAAAAUGUCUAAACCUGAGACAGGCUUUGUAUGGGCACACUCAGGCAGUGACCUGCCUUGCUGCAUCUGUAAGCUACAGCAUCUUUGUGAGUGGAUCCGAUGACAGAACCUGCAUCAUUUGGGACCUGAACCAGCUGACGUACAUAAACCAGCUUCCUGCCCACGAGGAAAGCCUCUGUUCUGUGGCCAUCAACAAUUCAACAGGUGAUAUUAUCUCUUGUGCUGGAUCUUACCUGUACCUGUGGACAGUCAAUGGGCAGCUUCUUGCAAGCAUCAACUCUGCCAGCAGCCCCACCUGCCACAUUGUUUGCUGCUGCUUUGCUGACGUGAUGGACUGGGACACACGCAGCAUCAUCAUCACAGGAAGCACAGAUGGAGUGGUGAGGCUGUGGAAGACUGAAUAUACUGAUACCCCAGACCAAGCUGCUGGACUGACACCGCAGAGGGACGCGACGGAAGAGCCAGGCAGCAGAGGUAACAAGUGUGGAAAACAUCUUGUUCUCUGUCGGGAACUGAAUCCCAGCCUUGCCCUGACUGGCAAACCGAGUAAGAUGAGUGCAGCAGUGACGGCGCUGGCUGUGUCCAGAAAUUCCUCCAAGCUCCUAGUUGGUGAUGACUGGGGAAGAAUCUGCUGCUGGUCUGUGGAUGGGUAG